GGCGGCGGGCUGGGUGAGGCGCCGGCCGCGCGGGCGACAGGCUGAGGCGGGCGAGCGGGUGUUGGGGGACGAUGGAGACGCCGCGCCUCGACCGAGCCCUGAGCAGCCCCGCCAGCCCCUGCGAGGAUGUCAUCAAGAACCUCAGCCUGGAGGCCAUUCAGCUCUGCGACCGGGACGGGAAUAAGUCACAAGACAGUGGCAUAGCAGAAAUGGAGGAGCUUCCCGUCCCUCACAACAUCAAAAUAAGUAACAUCACAUGCGAUUCUUUCAAGAUUUCUUGGGAGAUGGAUUCAAAAUCGAAGGACCGCAUUACACAUUAUUUUAUCGACCUGAACAAGAAAGAGAACAAAAAUUCCAACAAGUUUAAACACAAGGAUGUUCCCACCAAAUUAGUGGCCAAAGCUGUCCCCUUACCUAUGACAGUUCGUGGACACUGGUUUUUGAGCCCAAGGACAGAAUAUACAGUAGCAGUGCAAACUGCCUCAAAACAAGUGGAUGGAGAUUAUGUCGUUUCAGAGUGGAGCGAAAUCAUCGAAUUUUGUACAGCAGAUUAUUCAAAAGUUCACCUAACACAGUUAUUAGAAAAGGCUGAAGUGAUUGCAGGGCGAAUGCUUAAACUGUCUGUUUUCUAUCGGAACCAGCACAAAGAAUACUUCGAUUAUAUCAGAGAGCACCACGGGAAUGCCAUGCAGCCUUCUGUCAAGGAUAACAGCGGUAGCCACGGCUCCCCCAUCAGCGGGAAGUUGGAAGGCAUCUUCUUCAGCUGCAGUACCGAGUUUAACACCGGAAAGCCGCCCCAGGAUUCACCGUAUGGAAGGUACAGGUUUGAAAUUGCAGCCGAAAAACUAUUCAACCCCAAUACCAACUUAUACUUUGGGGACUUCUACUGUAUGUACACCGCCUACCAUUAUGUUAUUCUUGUCGUUGCUCCCGCUGGAUCGCCGGGAGACGAAUUCUGUAAGCAGCGCCUUCCUCAGCUCAAUUCUAAGGAGAAUAAAUUUCUGACCUGCAACGAAGAAGACGGGGUCAUGGUUUACCAUCAUGCCCAGGAUGUUAUUUUAGAAGUCAUUUACACCGAUCCCGUGGAUCUCUCCCUCGGCACGGUGGCCGAGAUCACCGGGCACCAGCUCAUGAGCUUGUCGACUGCAAACGCAAAGAAAGAUCCCAGCUGCAAAACCUGCAACAUCAGCGUUGGACGUUAGACCCUCGGCUCGCUCCCGCCCGCUCGAGUUAGGAGCAUCUGAUUCCCCUCCCCACCCCAACCACCCUCCCCUGUUGUCCGUUUUCAUCGUCUGACGUUUUCCUCUGAAGCAUGCACCUGCCGCCGUCACCAAAAGCAGAUCGCCUGUUUCCUUUUCAGCGUCACCCUCUUCCUUCCCCUUCCCCCUGCUUCCGAUGAGGGUUUCCGUUUGGCACCCUAUUCAUUCUCUAGAUGCUGCAAUAUGGUUUUUUUUCUUUUUUCAUUUUGCCAAACAUAACCAACCAAAUCUAUAUAGACGGCUUUAGCAGAACCAAAAUAAUGGCUUAUUAAUGGUGUUUAAAUAUGCAUUCGUUUUAAUCUACUGAACAAAUAUCGGGAUAACUACCAACAGCAUGAAAGGUCGUAAUUGCAGCAUGAGUUAAAUCUUGACGCCUAGAAUUGUCAGCACUUCCAACUUGUCGUUUGACUGUGUUAUUUAUGUUAUUUAUAUUAGUUAACCAGAAACAGCAACUGUGUUUCACCAUAAUAAAUAUAAUAGAAAAAUA